GCAGCUCAUUUAUUUUCUUUCUGAACAAAAUUCGUCUCCAUAUUGCUAUGCCGGCAGAGUGUACAAAAAAAUAACAAACUGAACAGUUUUGGUGUUCAGUCGUAAAUUGUGCAUUAAAUAAACAAGGUUGUGUUACAGACUAGAGAUGCAGGGGGUCUGUUGAUGAUCUGUUGUUAAUGAUGGAUUGAAUAAACAGGGAUGUAAAAGAGGCAAGGGGAUAAAUGAACAUCUAACGAGGUGUUCAGUUGUGAAUUGUGCAUUAAAUAAACAGAGUUGUGUUACAGACUAGAGAUGCAUGGGAUCUAUUGAUGAUCUCUGUUGAUAUUGAUAAAUUGAAUAAAUAGGGAUGUAAAAGAGUCAUGGGGAUUAACUUUUGUUCAUUAUGCACCUAAGAGCAAACUCUAGAAGCGCAAGGUGUUCGUCAUAACAGCGUUGUCAUGGCGAUAUUCAACCAUAGUGAAUCAGUGGAAGUAGCCAAUCAAAACAACCAAUAAACCCAGUGACGAAAACGCGGAAUGCAGCGAGUUUGCUCGCUAACAAAACACAAGGUGGGAAAAGUCCGUAUCAAGAUUAUUUACUGGAGAUAAGUGACCAAAAUGGAAAGCCUCUUCAGUUACUCGAGGAUGAACGCAAGGGCGUAGAAUGGCCGAACAAAGACAAUAUGCAGACGCCUUGCCUUUGUUUUUGGCUGCCGAAGAAGAAUUUAGGCAAUGUCGUUCUGAAGUAUUGAAUGCAGUUGAUAAUUACGCCAUACUAUGUUUGGAUGUUGUUUGGUGUUAUCUUCAACUGCAGAGCAUCAGAGAUCUACCAAAUGCAGACGAAUUGCUGAAGAAAUGUGAAAAAUGUUUGAAGAAAAGUUACGGGGAAAACCUCGAACGACUUGUCUCCUUGACGGGUGGUUUUUCUAAAGAAAAAGUCCUAUACCUUCGACUUAACCUUCUUCAAGCUAUCUCCGCUUUCCACAAGGGAGAUAUGAGACAAGCCUCGCGUCUUUUGGAUAUGGUCGAACAAGAAGUCAAUCAGUUAAAAAUAGACGAUGGAUCGCUGUCACAAAUGAUCUCUAUGGGGUUCGGUGCAUCUGAAUCAAGGCUAGCUUUGAGAUCAUGCAAUGGUGAUGUCACCGUAGCUGUUGAUUAUAUAUCGAAAAAACGGGAGGCGAAACGGAAAUUGUUGAAAGAACGAAAAGAAAAAAGAAAGAAACAUAAAAUGGCUGUGAAUUUAGGAAAAACUGCAAAUGGCGAAUGGGUGAAAAUUGAUCUGUUCAACAGAUUAUGUGAGAUGGGUUAUCGUCAGGAGUACGCUAGCGAGGCUUUACGUCAAACAAAUAACGACAUGGAUACAGCCAUUCAGAUUCUUAUCGAAAGACCUGAAUUGUUGGAGCGAGCAGUUUCCGAGAGAAGACCAAGUUUGGAAAUAUCUGAUGAGUUGAUUGCGCAGGUGACUUCCAUGGGAUUCAACGUCGACGUUUCGCGUUCAGUCUUGAAACAUUAUGGCGAUAUAAGCAAAACAAUAGGGCGAUUAUUAGAAACUUCCGGUGAACUUCCUCCCGAAUGUAAAAACACGAUCAUGAAAGAUGGAAUUGUCCCAGAUUUAGCUGACCAAAGAGGAGGAGAAAAUUCAGACUCGGACAGUGAUGACCCAGAAGUAGUUCAGAAUGCAUUGAAAGAAAUCACUUCUGCAUUCGAUGUUGAAAGCGACGAGGCUCAUUUAGAUGUGACUUUAGAAGAAGAAAUCACUUUCCUUAGACAAUACAGAGAAAUGAUAAUGACAAAGAAUCAGUGGGAGAAACGAGUAUGAGUUGAAUUUUUAUCGUUUUGAUUUGACUCUUUUUCAAAAUCAGACGCUUGGCAAAAAGGAUGAAGUGUGGUAUCUGUUCGAGUUGUCACAAGUGUAUGUUGUGUCCCUUUGUGAUUCGAUAUAGAAUUGUUAAUAAUUGUGGUGUGGCGGAUCUGGACACAUUAUGCAUGUCGUGAACAAUUUGUCGGACAUUCAACCUGGAAACAUUGAAUUUUUCUUCUUGCCAAAUUUCUUUGCUGUAUCCUUUGUAAAAAACGUAUAAACAUGCUUAAGAGUUGGUUUAAAUUAUAAGUCAAAAAAGGCA